AUGGGAGAGAUUAUUCUUGCCUACGCUGGAUGCUGGACGCAGGACACAAAUAUAUAUGGGGAGAUGAAUCAGCGCACCCCCUCCCCUCCCCCCGCCGCCGCCGAUAUCGCCGGCCUCACCCCCUGCAAAGAAUCCAAACAAUUCGCCAAACGAGAAAAACAAUCCAUCAAAAAACUCGAAUCCGCACUCAAAAACUACGCCCCUGACUCCGCCCCCGCCCUCGCCAUCAAAGCCACCAUCGAAAAAACCAAGCGCCGAUUCGACAACUACGGAAAGUUCGGCCUCCUCUGCGGCUCCGACGGCCUUCCUCAUCUCAUCGUCAGCGGAGAUCAGAGGCACUGGGGCGAAUUCAUCACGCCAGGAUUGCUUUUCCUGUAUAUUGCUGGGUGGAUUGGGUGGGUUGGGAGGAGCUAUUUGAUCGCCAUUCGAGAUGAUAAGAAGCCGGCGAUGAAGGAAAUCAUUAUUGAUGUCCCGCUUGCUUCUGGCCUACUAUUUCGAGGCUUAAUUUGGCCUGUGGCUGCCUACCGCGAGUUCGUGAAUGGAGAUCUUGUUGUUGAUGAUAAGGAUGUCUCGAUCUGGGGAUGAAGUUUGUGAGGUUGGAUUGGCCCAAGAAAAGGGAAGGAGAUGAGCUGAUAACCUGAGAUGGUUUUGCUUUUAUCUAUUUGAAUUUGGGGAUGUGCUGUAAUUUUAGAUGCAUUUAUAUUGAUGUAAAAUUUAGCUGAACAUAGUGUGAUGUCUUUUUUGGCUAUAAUUCUUGUCAUGAAUAUCAUAUUCUUACUUUUCACUGUUGCAUUUUA